AUGAGUUCAUCCGUCUCAACAAUGACAAAAGCUAAAACUGCAAAGCAAAUAACAUGUAAAGUUCGGCUACUCGACGAUCAAGAGCUACCGUUUCAUAUUGAUCCAAAAGCAACUGGACAAGAUCUGUUUACGAUUGUUUGCAACUUUAUUGAUUUGCUCGAAUCUGAUUAUUUUGCACUUGAAUAUCUUGAUAAUCAUCGAAAUACUUGUUGGUUGGAAAUGGAUAAACCUGUACUCAAACAAGUUACAGACACGAAAUUUUCCUUUUGUGUUAAGUUUUAUACACCAGAUCCUGGCCAAUUGGAAGAAGAGUUCACCAGGUAUCUUUUCGCGCUACAAAUAAAACGUGAUCUACAUCUGGGCACAUUACUUUGCAGCGACAAUACAGCUGCUCUACUCGCUUCCUACAUCGUUCAAGCGGAAAUUGGUGAUUAUCUCGAAUCUUAUAAUAAUAAUCCAAGUUAUCUCGGUGGGAGAAAGUUUUUCCCUCAUCAAACUGCUGAUCAUGAAAUUCGUAUAAUGAAUUUUCAUAAAAACCAUGUUGGUCAAUUUUCUGCCGAUGCCGAUCUUAAUCUACUCGAUAUCGCUCGGAAAGUUGAACUAUAUGGUAUAAAGAUGCAUCCGGCUAAAGAUCACGAGCAGGUCAAUCUAAACUUAUCUGUUGCACAUAUGGGAAUCCUUGUCUUUCAAAAUAUCACAAAAAUCAACACGUUCUCAUGGGCAAAGAUCCGUAAAUUAAGUUUCAAAAGAAAAAAAUUUCUCAUUAAACUACAACCUGAAGGAUAUGGCUACUACAAAGAUACAGUCGAAUUCUAUUUUCACACGCGCGAUGAAUGUAAAAACUUUUGGAAAAAAUGCAUCGAAUAUCAUGCUUUCUUUCGUUGUGUAACUAUUAAACGAACAUCGCGAUCGAGAAGUCGACUAUUAACACGUGGUUCAUCGUUUCGAUACAACGGUCGAACGCAAAAAGAAAUUAUUGAAUAUGCACGUGAACAUUAUGUUAAAAGUCGAACAUUUACUAGAUCGUAUUCUAAUACUCGAACAGUUGCCCCACCAAGUACGCGUUCGCAUCGUUCACCUGGUGCAGCACUUCGUACAUCUGAUACAAUGCGUAGCCAAGACACCAAUUUAUCGUCCGCGGAUUCUUCGCGACAUCAUUCACGUCCAACAGGUAUUUCAAUAACGAACCAGGCGUUGAUUACGUCAGUCACAACGGACACAGCAGAGAAUGCAAAUGCGGAUGCAAUGAUUUCUACAACACCGACUGAUGUCUAUCAACAAGUCUAUCAUGAUGAUUCGUCGACACAUGGUAGUCGAACGUUAGAUUCAAGAUUUAGUCGUGAUAAAUACGAUUUAUCCGAUGAAGAAGAUACAGACGACGAAGAUAAGCAACGUCACCAAGAGAAUGCUCCCAAUCAUGCAAAUGAACCGAUAGAGAAACGAACCAAUGGCUCGUUCUCGUUAGCAACACAACCUGAGCCUGAACCUGAACCGAGUGCUACUCUGCAAGAUAAUAUUGAACAAUCUCAUUGUAACAUUGAACAGUCGACAGAUUCCAAGCUUAUUAGUGAAGAGAAUGAAAUAGAUAAAGGUAAGUCGUCGGGUGUCGACCAUGUUCGUGAUAAAGAAUUUCAUGGUGAUGAGGAAGAGGAAGAAGAUUACAGUGAAUCGAAUCAUAAAAAAGAAAAUCGAGUGUCCUUAGAAAUUUAUCAUAACGAUAAUCAGAGAAAAGAAAACGAUUCAGAUAAAAUGACUGAGAAUGAACUAGUAAAACGUUACUCAGCAUCGUUAAAAAUGUAUCUAAAUACGGAAAAACCAGCCGGUGGAUCUCAUUCGAUCUGUAUCACUCCGAUAACCGAUGAUCAAUCUGGUUUAAAUCAACAUAAUGAACGACAACAGCAAAGCCUUUCACAAAUACUACCAACCGAUCGCGCAUUAUCAUUGGAUGUGACGCAUUCGCCAUCAUUUUCCUCGACAUCGUCCUCAUCGUCAUCAUCAUCAUCCAUCUUAGAUCCACCGCUAAUCGAACGUUUAAUUGGCUCAAAAAUGAAUGACGAUUUCGAAGAUAUAUCAUUACGAAACGUUUCCCCACCGAUGGUUCUUGAAAUCCGUUCGAAACCACAUUCAUUACCACGUAUGACAAACUACAUCGAAUAUAUCGAUCGACGCACAUUACCAUCAGUCAAUAGUCUCUCAUGGCAGGAUGAUACAAUCGCAAAUGAUCAAACUAUUCCAUUGUCUAACAAAGAAACUCCCGAAGAUGCAAUUGAAUUAGUUCGACAAGUAAUUGAAUCUAUUCUCACACAAAUCGUUGAGGAAGAACGACAACUAUUAGCGACUGUCGAUCGUCUUGUUGAACAAGCAUGUUCACGCGCAUUGACUCAAUAUAUGCUAGAACGUCGUGCACAAAUGUUCGCUGGAUCUUCUCACAUACCUCAUCACAAAUCAUGUAUUCUACGAACAGGAAACACUGAUAAGCGUAAUGAUAACGAACGUGAUACUAACAAUCUUGUUUCGCGUUUACGUACGAAGUCAAGUCCAGCAUUUACAACAACAACAGACUGGACUGAUGUUAGUCGUAGACUAGCUGCUCAAACAUGCUUUGCUGCAUAUCCAAGCGGAAGUAAUCUACAUGAAUUACAACGAUCAGAUUUUUCGACAUUUUCCGAAGCUAAACUGAAGUUUUUUAAUAUUGCCUCCAAUGACAUAGCUCCUUCCCAAUCUUCUGUUUCUCUUCCACCUCUUCUAACACAUUCUGCAUCUGUUCCUAAUGUUAUUUCGUCAUCAUCAUCAGCACGCUCAUCUCGUGCAUCAUCUGUUUCAUCUUAUGCAUCAUCGAUGCAUGUUCCAUGUCCACCUGUUCUCGAUAAUCAAUCGAAACGGUAUCAGCGUCCGCUAUCCGCACGUUUACUCGAUUUCAGCGAUGAUUCAGAUUCCAAUCCAAUUACAUCGAUAAGUACUAGUUUGAAAACAUGUAUUAUUCCAACAACAGUGUCAAGUCCUAAGCUAAACUCAUCAUCUCCUCUACCACCACCACCAUUGCGUACCCAACGACGUCAUCAUCAUCAACCACCACCACCACAACAACAACAACUACAACAAAAACGUCGUUCGAGUGAAGACGUCAAUUCAUCAAGUGAUGAUUCACUUUCCAACCAUUUGAAUAAAGCUGCCGGAUUCCGUUCCGUGUUCGUUCAGCGAGAACCCAUCGUUAUCAAUCAAGAACAUCGACGAGAAAUUAGUGGAUUCAUUAGUAACCAUCGACCGAUACCAUCGCAAACAAGUCAAGUGCCCGUACGAAAAUCUUCCAAUAUCGAACAGCAAUUGAUCUCAGUUGCACAGAGGUUAAGUUUGCAUAAACAAAAUGAGGAGAAUGUCGAAACGGUCCAUCUAACAAAGAAAUCUUCAAUUAUCGAACAGCUACCCUUGUCUUUAUCUGACAAGAUUGAAGAUGCGCAUAUUGAUGAUGAUGACAAAUCUCAUACAGCACCGAUUAUCCAUGAAUAUCGUUCACUUACAACGACCUUAGAUAAAAUCGAAUCGCGAGCCAUCCCAGAUACUCACUAUCAAUCUCCAUCGAAAAUCGUUCCUUUGACAUCUUAUCCGAUGUCUCAACCAGUUGCUGGUAUUCCGCGAUUAAUUGGAACUGUUUUACCGCCGACUGCGCCUGUCAUUUUUCCGACAUCUGUUUCAUCCACAAUGAUCAUCUCAUCUAUACAUGAUCGAGCUUUUUUCAUUUGCAAAGAAUUAUUAAUGACUGAACGAACAUAUAAAAAAGAUAUCGAAGUUGUUGCUGAUAAUUUUCGUCGUGAAAUAAUGUUACUUAUUAAUCAACAAAAUGAUCUAUUGAAUUUGAAUGAUCCCGAUGAGACAACGGCUCAGCCAUCCUACAAUUCAGAAUAUGAUUCACUAGCGAAUCUCUCCGAUCUUAUGUUCAUCUACUUAGUUCCCAUUUACAAUUUUCAUACUCAAUUCCUGCGACAACUUGAACAGAGAAUAUCUGUCUGGGAAACGCGUUCAGUGGCAAGUAAUGAAUGUUUAAACGUAGAUAAAGCAACUCAGCAUAUUGGUGAUCUAGUAACGAGUCUAGUGGAAAUUUUACCGAAAUACGAAAGUUACAUCGAAAAUUAUGAACAUCUAUUGAGCGAACUCGAAUAUAUUCUCAAACAUAAUCGACAUUUCGACAUGGUUUACAAAGAAUUCGAAUCGCAGAAGUUUUGCUAUUUAUCAUUCAUUUCAUUUCUACUCAAACCUUUGCAAAGAUUAUUACAUUAUGGAAAUCUACUUGAAAAAUUACUUGUUUAUUACAAGCAGAAUGACCAUGAAAUUGAUUAUCAAGAUUGUUAUGGAGUUUAUAUUAAAAUUCAAGAUCUGAUCGAGAAUUUUGCGGAAUCAUUAACAUUCUUACAAAAUCGGCAGAAACUAAUCGAGCUUCAGCGUGAUUUAAUUGGCGUAGAUAAUCUAGCGAUUCAACAUGAUCGACAAUUUAUACGCGAAGGUUGUUUACAAAAACUAUCACGAAAAGGCUAUCAACAACGAAUGUUUUUCCUCUUCUCCGAUGUUUUGCUCUAUUGUGCCCGUGGUUCGAGCCCCGUUCUACAAUUCAAAUUACAUGGUGAACUUCCAUUGAAAUUAAUGACAGUAGAAGAUAGUGAUGAACGAACGAAGAUCCCUAAUUCGAUUACUAUACACACCGGUACUCGAUCAUUACUAGUCGCAGCGAGUUCGGAAAAUGAGAAACAAAAAUGGUUGAAUGAUUUGAAUUCAGCGAUUGAAAACAUCAGAAUCAAUUGCGAAGAGCAGAAAAAUCAAUACACAUCGACAUUGAAAUCGAAUGCUUCAUCGGAAAAUCUUGAUCAUUCGUUUGUUGGGACAUUGGACGAAGAAAGUGUUCAACCACACGAACGUUCUUGUAUUCAACAUCGUGCAAAUACGACGAUGCAUGUCUCUUGGCAUCGAAAUCUGUCUGUGUCAAUGGCUGAUCAUCGACAAUCGAUUAAAAAUCAAUUGAGUGGAUAUCUAUUACGAAAAUUCAAAAAUUCAAAUGGUUGGCAAAAAUUAUGGGUCGUAUUCACGAACUUCUGUUUAUUCUUCUAUAAAACCUAUCAAGAUGAUUAUCCAUUAGCAUCUUUACCGUUGUUGGGUUACCGUAGUUCAUUGCCGAUCGAAGCGGAUGGCGUGAAUAAAGAUUUUGUUUUCAAACUUCAAUUUAAAAACCAUGUCUAUUUCUUCCGUGCUGAAAGUCAAUACGCCUUUGAUCGAUGGAUGGAAGUUGUUUCAAGCGCAACAAGCAAUGUCGUCGGCAACGACUAG